AUGGAAUAUUGGUCUAUAUUGUUAUCAAUAGUGAUUGGUGUGAUCAGCAUUUAUUAUCUUUUUAAAAAUUUUAAUUUCUUUAAAAGAAAUGGUGUGAUACACGUACCGCCUGUUCCAAUAUUCGGAUCUAUGACAUCGGUUAUAUUUAGACGAAUGUCAUUCUUCGAUUUUAUCUUGAAGAUAUACAAUUUCAAUCCAAACGCAAAGUAUUUUGGAGUCUACGUCACGACAAAUCCAAUCUUCUUGCUUCGCGAUCCAGAACUCAUUAAGACUAUUCUUGUUAAGAAUUUCGACGCAUUUCCAGAUCGACGUGGUUUUAACGAAUUGAAUGAGCCUUUACUUGCGAAAAAUUUGUUUUCCCUUCGCGGAGAAAAAUGGCGGAACGUGAGAACUCUGUUGAGUCCAUCUUUUACAUCCAGCAAAAUGAAAAUGAUGUUCACGUUGAUGUCAGAAUGUGCUGUGGAUUUUGCUAAAUUUCUGUCGAUGUUACCAACAGAUAAAAGUGAUAUGAACAUAAAAGAGGCUUUCUCUAAAUAUACGAAUGAUGUCAUCGCUACGUGUGCUUUCGGAAUCAAGGUCAACACUAUGAAAGAUCCAACGAACAAGUUUUAUGUUUACGGCAAGGAAGCGACUAACUUUUUAGGGAGUCGUAGUCUGAAAUUUAUUUUUCUUAGAACUUUUCCAAGUCUCGGACGAAUUCUCAAUAUAAAGCUUAUAAACGAUUAUGUAUUAAACUUUUUCAAGGAUAUUAUAAAGACUGCAAUCGCCACUCGUGAUGCGGAACACAUUACACGUCCGGAUAUGUUACAAUUAAUGAUGGAUAUUAGAGGUAAAGAAAGUCAUAGAGAACUAGACAUCGACGACAUGACUGCGCAAGCGUUCGUCUUUUUCUUUGGUGGCUUUGACACAAGUUCAACCGCGAUGUCCUUCGCAGCUCAUGAAAUUGCAGCUAAUCCAGAAGUUCAAAACAAAUUACAACAAGAGAUCGACAAGGUUUUAGAGGAAUCAAACGGAAAAGUAUCUUAUGAAGCCAUUAAUCGGCUCGAAUAUUUAGAUGCGGUGAUAAAUGAGACUCUCAGAUUAUAUCCACCAGUCACUUUCUUAGAAAGAAUAUGUGAGAAAACUUAUGAAUUACCACCCGCAUUGCCGAACGAGAAACCUUUUAUCAUGAAGAAGGGUAUGACUUUUUGGAUUCCGAUUUUUGCAAUUCAUCGUGAUAAAGAGUAUUAUGCUAAUCCGGAAACAUUUGAUCCAGAAAGAUUUUUAAACAACAAGAUGCAUAAUUCUUUAUAUUAUAUGCCAUUCGGAUUAGGACCAAGAAUGUGCAUAGCUAACAGAUUUGCUCUGCUGGAAGUCAAAAUCUUACUGUUUCAUUUAUUAGCUCAAUGUGAGCUAAAACCUUGCACGAAAACUACAUCUCCAAUAAAAUUCGGCAAAACUUUGGUAAUGAUGCCAGAAAAUGGAUUCUGGUUAAAUAUUCAGCGUAGAAAAGAUACGCACCCUGUGCUGGAGUCUAUAUAGUAAUGGAUAACUAAUAACGAGACAAUACAUCGUUUCGAGCCACCCUUAUGAUCUCCACUUCAUCAAUUCUUGGCCCUUCUCCAACAUGCGGUCCCUUUCCAACGGUAGUAAGUGAAUUAGAUUAGAAGGGGUACUUUUAUCGAAUCAGGGAAUACUUCU